AAUAUUUAUUUCUAAUGAAAGCGUAAUUUUGUGCAAACCUAGUUUCGUAUUGAUACAAAAAUGAUGCAAAAUUUCAUGCAAAAAAAAGUAAUUUUGUGCAAAAACUAUUUUGUGGAAACCCUACCUGUAUCAUAGAACUCAAAAAUAUAACUUAGUUGGAAUAAAACUCUGCUUGAUUACAGUAUUAGAGUAAUUUUCCUUGCAUGAGAGGGACCUGAGUCACAUCUUAAUAGAUAGAUAUAGACUAGGAAUCAUAAUAAGCUGCAUAUCUUGUAACUUUAAGACAUAUAUACCAAAGAAUACAAAGAGAGUAAUAUCCGGAUUGACAAAAGUAUUACUUAGGAAUCUUGAGUUUAAGAUUGAGGUUUAUCUGUACACGGUACACAUAAAAGAAUACAGAGAGAGUCAUAUCUAGAUUGAUAUUUACUAAAGUAUUAUUGAGGAACCUGGCGUUCGAGAUUCAGUUGUGUCUGUACGAUACUGAAGGUUAUAUCUGGAUUGGUACUGAUCUAAAAGCAUUUGUUGGGGUCGUCUUUGCAAUCUCAUUAUUUGUGAGUAACACUGUAGUUUAAUUACAAACAGAACAACAAUGGACGUUACAAGUUCUACAGAACAAACUGUUGUAACUGUACUGGCUUUCAUUAGUGGCGCCAUCUUUAUUUUUCUGCUUGUACUGUAUGUUGGUCUGCUGAUGUACCGACGGUUUGGGCAGGAUAAACCAACUGACGUAGCCUGCUGUAUUGUUUACAAUAUAGAACAGGAUAAGGUUUGUUUAGAGAUUUCUUGUUGUAUUGUUUACAAAAUAGAUAGAGCUAAGGUCUGUAUAUCUCCUGAGACUGAGAAGAAACUAGAGCAUAUUUUAAUUCUAGAUGAUAUAACUGGACUUCUCCCCCCUGUACUCCAGGUUCUCAAGUGUGUUCACAGUUUAAUGGAGCAAGUAUCAUCUCAGAGCCUUCUCAUCAGGAACCCUAAAGAUAUUGGUCCUCUUGAGAGAGCUAUCAGGCAUAUACCCUUCCUGCUAGACUCAGCAAUACAAACUGUUAUUGUGACCAAUAUUCACCCUCCUAGCGUAGAUACCCGAAUACAGAACCUAGUGCUGGGAAUAGAACAAGUUGUUGGGUUGGUUUCAAUAAUUAAUCUUCAUGAUAACCAGGAGUUUAUUAACAAUGAAAUGAAAAGUCUUCAUGAACAUCUUGAAACAGUCAGGCUUCGAUGUAGGAACUGGCGAGAAAGGAAUCCAGCCGGGAAUUCACAUCUCGUUAAUAUUAUGUAAAAUUGUUCAUCUUGACAAUGAUAAGUUAAGUGAUUUUAUCUAAUAAUUCAAAUCUUACAGCAAUGUGAAGGGGAACCGACAUAAAAGUCAAGAAAACUAUUUUUUUUUAAUAAAAAGAAACGAUUUAAAAACAAUAUUUGAUAACAACUUUUAAACUUUUUGCCAAUGCGUUCAAUGCCCAAACAUAUUUAUUGAAUUUCUUAAACUAUAUCAGCUCAGGGUACUUAAAAAUAUAUCAAGUUGU